GAUUGGACAGAGGUACGUUGCGAAUGGCGGAGACACUGAGGCAAGUGCUAAACCGGGGUACCGCUGCCGGGACUGGAGAGGCGAACACGGCUGAGGCCGGACCGCCUUUGUUGUUACUAGGCGCUCCAGGUUCUGGAAAAACAACGCUGCUAUUUGCGGCGGCCCUGGAAGCAGCAGGAGAGGGCCGAGGUCCUGUUCUCUUCAUAACUCGGAGGCCUCUUCAAAGCCUGCCCCGUGGUAUUGCACGGACACUCGACCCUUUGCGGCUCCAGAAGAUUCGCUUCCAGUACCCACCCUCAACGAGAGAGCUGCUUCGGGUCCUAUGCUCUGCCCAUGAGGUCAUGGGGCCGGUGCCCUCCCUUCUGCUGCUCGACUGCCUGGAGGAGUACCUAGCGGAAGACCCUGGAUGCCAGGAGGCCACCUACCUGGCCGCCUUGCUUCUGGAUACAGCUGCCCACUUCAGCCACCGAGCUGGUCCCAGCCGGCCCUGCGGGCUCAUGGUGGCCCUGCAGACCCAGGAGCAAGCAGACAGCGGGGAGGCCCUGCAGCGGGCUUUGGUGCAGCGGUAUUUCCCUGCGCAGUGCUGGCUGCAGGCAGACGCAGCAGGCCCGGGAGAGCAUGGGUUCCAAGUCUGCCUGGAGCCAGGCGGCCCGGGCCCCAGGGAAGAGUGGCGGGUGACUUUCCAACCGGAUGGAGAGAUGACAAUCACCCCCUGGCUUACCCACACGAAGGAGCCCAGCCAAGACAAGAGUUCAAGCUCUAGGGGUCAGCUCUGAGCUGCAGGGUGGCAGCCUCUCUCUGCCUGUUUCCCCUGGCUGGAAUACUUCUUUCAGGGCCAGAUGCAGAACCAAGACCUAAGGAACAUAGAGUGCUUUUCUCCUCAAAAGCUAGCAUUAUAGGGGUUGGGGGUGCAGCUCAGGGGUGAGUGGUUGCCUAGCCAGUGUGAGGCUGUGGGUUCCAUCCCCAGCACAACAAAAACAAAACUUGCAUCAUUGUAUAUAAAUUAUGGCCAAGCAACUUUUUUUUACUGUUUUGAACUAUAUAAAGAGUUUUGUUAUAAAUAUGA